AUGGUUUUCCCAGAUAAGCCCGUGGCGCAUCUUCUCGGCUCAAAUGGCCCCGUCCAUGCUGUGACUUAUUCAGCCUCCCCUGGAAACUACAUCCUCACCGGGUCCGCAGACCGCUCCAUCCGCCUGUACAACCCGUUCCCCAGCACGUCCGUGCCCGAGAUCAGGCCCAGCAGCAGCGCGAAGCCGGCGAUUCCCCAAGGCCGCCUGAUCCAGACGUACGCCGCGCACGGCUACGAGGUGACGUGCCUGGCCGUGGCGUCGGACAACGAGAGCUUCGUGUCGGGCGGCGGCGACAGGGCCGUGUUCCUGUGGGACGUGAGCCGGGCGGUGACGACGCGGCGGUUCGGCGGCAGCGCGGCGCAGGGAGGCCACUCGGCGCGCGUCAACUGCGUGAGCUUCGCGGGCGACGGGGACUCGCUCGUGGCGAGCGGCGGGUUCGACACGACGGUGCGGCUGUGGGACGUGCGCAACGCGAGCGGCUUCCGGCCGGUGCAGGUGCUCGACGAGGCCAGGGACUCGGUGACGAGCCUCGUGGUCAGGGGCGCCGAGGUCGUCGCGGGGAGCGUCGACGGCCGGGUGCGCAGCUACGACGUCCGCAUGGGCAGGUGCACGACGGACGUCAUGGGCGCGAGCGUCGUCAGCCUGGACGUGACGAGGGACGGCAAGGCCAUGCUCGUGGGCUCGCUCGAUAGCAAGCUGCGGCUGAUGGACCGCGACAACGGCACGUGCCUGAGGGCGUACUCGGAUCCGCUGUGGAAGAGCGAGGAGCUGCGCGUGCAGUCGCUGCUGGGCGGCAGGGAAAAGUACGUCGUUGCGGGCGAUGAGAUGACGGGCGAUCCGGCGGCGAUGGCGGCGGACGGCAGCGGCUCGGGGAGGAUCUGGGCGUGGGAUCUGCUCUCGGGCAAGGUGGUCGCCAAGGUGACGGUGCCGUGGGGGCCGCCGGGCUACGAGGCGAGGAAGAAGACGGUGGGCAAGGACGGGAAGCCCAAGGUGCGGAACAAUGUCAUCAGCUGCAUGGCGUGGCGGGAGGGAGGUUGGGGAGACCAGUUUUGCGUUGGGGGGACGUCCGGCGUGGUUACGGUGUUUGGGGCAUUAUGA